AUCAUCUGGCACUUGUCUUUCUCCGCCUGGCUUAUUUCACUGAGCAUAAUGAGAUUUACCUACAAUUUUCGUUCAUUGCUUUCAUGAUUUUCAUGAAUUAGCCUUCUUGCCCCUCACCCUUUUCUUUUCCUGAGAAAAUAGCAGAUGGUGUCAGAUACUAUUUUAUUUUAUGGCUAGGACCUAUUUCCUAAUAUUUAAAAAAGUAAGAUUGACCUUCGGUUCCUUUGUCAGAAUUGGUCCCUGGCUGCACAUAGAGCUUGGCUGGUAUCUAUAACUUUUGGGCGGCCACUGGUGGGCUGUGAGCAGCUUGGGGAACUAUCGCAGACACCAAAUUCCCAAGCGCUGGGGAAGACUACCUUCUUGGCCGGUGAUGGGGCUGGCUAGUCACAGACUUCUGGGAUGCGGAGCCGAUAAGGGCAGCUCGCCGGCCCUGCGGUUGGGCCUCUGCGCAUGCCUGGUGCCGCCUUUUGCGCAUGCCUAGUGCCACCUUCGGCCUCUGCACCUCCGCCUUCUUCUGUUUCCUCAGGCCUCGCGUGGGAGGCUCUGCUGGGUCGGCGCGUCCAUGACCUCUUCUGGGGCAGUGCCACACGACAAACGAGCGGCUGGUGUGCCCCAGAAAGUUGGACGACGGCUGAGGGGAGCCCCCGCGGCUCGGACGACGAGCGAUAGGGGAUUGGUGCCCGGUGGCGGUGAGGAGCUCCGCAUAGUCCUAGGACGGCAGGACGAGGGCGACACUGUAGAAACCAGGGGUCGGAGCCCCAGCGUGAUCUGCCCCUUCGUUGAGCGGACGGGGCCUCACGUUCACGAGGCCACUGGAGGGCACGUACAUCUGCGUGACGGGUGCGCAGACCGUGCAUUCCUUCAGUUGUGUACGUCUUUCGAAGAACACCAGAAAAUGAGCAAAUCCCAGAUUGGACAGAAAUUCUGGGGAUCAGUAUCAUUUAAGGAUGUGACCGUGGGCUUUACCCAGGAGGAGUGGCAGCACCUGAACCCAACUCAGAGAUCCCUGUACAGGGACGUGAUGCUGGAGACCUAUGGCCACCUUGUCUCAGUGGGUUAUUGUGUUACCAAACCAGAGGUGAUCUUCAGGCUGGAGCAAGGAGAGGACCCAUGGAUCCUGGAGGAAGAAUUCCAAAGCCAGACCCAUCCAAAAGUCUGGAAAAUUGAUCACAUCAAAGGAAGGAACCAGGAAAACCAGAAUAAACCUGUGUGGGAAUUUGUUUUCAUCAAUAACAAAAUGCUGACUAAAGAACAAGGUAAUGUAAUAGGGAAACCAUUUAACUUGGGCACAGAUUCUUUUCCUUCUAGGAAAAUACUCUGUCAGUGUGACUCCUGUGGAGUGAGUUUCAACUACAUUUCAGAAUUGGUUAUCAAUAAGAAAAAUUCUUCAGGAGAAAAGACUGAUGAAUUUAAUGCUUGUGGACAAUUGCUACUCAGUAUUAAACAUGAGAAAACUCAGACUAGAGAGAAAGGUGAAUUUUUUAAAUAUGGGAAAACUUUCUGUCAUAAUGACCCUAUUCAGCAUAAGAAGAUAAAAACUUUAGAGCAAAAUUUUGAGUAUAACAUACAUCAAGAAACCUUCCUUGAAAAGGCACUAUUUAAUACACAAAAGAAAGACAUCACAGAAGGGAACGACUGUGCAUAUAAUGAAUAUGGGAGAACUUUCUGUGAUAACUCAUCCUUGUUGCAUCAGAUAAAUUCCUCAAAGGAAAAUCACUAUAGAUUUAGUGAUUGUGAGAAAUCCUUUUGUGUGAACUCUACCCUUUUGGAACAUCAUAUUAAACAUUAUGAAUGUAAUGAAAGUGAGAAUUAUUUCAGGAGGAAGUUAUACCUCUCAGAACUUAAGAAAACUCAUAAAGGAGAGAGACACUUUGAAUGUAAUGGAUGUGGGAAAGCUUUUUGGGAGAAGUCACACCUCAUUCGACAUCAGAGGAUACACACAGAAGAGAAGUGUUUUCAAUGUAAUGAAUGUGGAGAAAUUUUCUGGGAGAAGUCAAACCUCACUGAACAUCAGAGUUCACACGCAGGAGAGAAACUGUAUGAGUGCAAGGAAUGCAGGAAAGCCUUCAGCCACAAGUCAGCCCUAACAUUACACCAAAGAACACAUACAGGGGAGAAACCCUAUCAAUGUAAUGCAUGUGGGAAAACAUUUUACCAGAAGUCAGAUCUCACUAAACAUCAGAGAACACACACAGGGCUGAAACCUUAUGAAUGUUAUGAAUGUGGGAAAACCUUUUGUAUGAAUUCACACCUUACAGUACAUCAGAGAACUCAUACAGGAGAGAAACCCUUUGAAUGUCCUGAGUGUGGGAAAUCUUUCCGCCAGAAGUCACAUCUUACACAACAUCGGAGAAUUCACAUAGGGGAUAAACCCUAUGAAUGUACUAUAUGUGGAAAAACUUUCUAUUGCAAGUCUGUACUCACUAGACAUCAGAUAAUUCAUACAGGGUUAAAACCUUAUGAAUGUUAUGAAUGUGGGAAAACCUUCUGCUUAAAGUCUGACCUCACAGUACAUCAGAGAACUCACACAGGGGAAAAACCCUUUUCAUGUCCUGAAUGUGGGAAAUUCUUCAGCCAUAAGUCUACUCUUUCUCAACAUUACAGAACACAUACAGGGGAAAAACCCUAUGAAUGUCAAGAGUGUGGAAAAAUUUUUUAUAACAAGUCAUACCUAACUAAACAUAACAGAACACAUACAGGGGAGAAACCCUAUGAAUGCAAUGAGUGUGGGAAAACCUUCUGCCAGAAGUCACAGCUCACUCAGCACCAGAGAACUCACAUAGGGGAGAAACCUUAUGAAUGUCAUGAAUGUGGAAAGGCUUUCUGCCAUAAAUCAGCUCUAAUUGUACACCAGAGAACUCAUACAGAAGAAAAGCCCUAUAAAUGUAAUGAAUGUGGAAAAUCUUUCUGUGUGAAGUCAGGACUUAUUUUACAUCACAGAAAACACACAGGGGAGAAACCCUAUGAAUGUGUUGAAUGUGGGAAAGCCUUUAGCCACAAGUCAUCCCUCACAGUGCAUAAUAGGGCUCACACAGGGGAGAAAUCUUGUCAAUGUCAUGAAUGUGGGAAAAUUUUUUACCGUAAAUCAGAUCUUGCUAAACAUCAGAGAUCACACACAGGGGAGAAGCCCUAUGAAUGUAACAUGUGUGGAAAAUAUUUCUCUCAGAAGUCAAACCUCAUUGUACAUCAGAGAACACACACAGAAGAAAAAUCUAAUUGAGGUGACUAUUAGAAAUGUCACCUCAGUUCAGCACUCACUGCUUCAGAGAAUUUACCCUGUGGAGAAAGCUCUUUUGAUAUCUUGAAUGUUCACUGGCUUUCAUCUACAAACUGGCCUUAUUUUACUCCAAAGCAAUGGUAACAGGACAAAUCCAAAGACUGCAACAAAUGUAGGAUGGUUUUGUUAAGAAGUAACAUGACAUUGAAUGUCAGGUAGCAAUACUGGUAUUAAAUCUUACCGAUUUUUUGAUUUUGUAAACGUUUUUUGCAAAAAACUAGGUUAUGUUGGAAUUUAUAGUGAGGAAAAAUCUGUCAAUGGAGAUAUAUAGCUUGAACAUUUUCUUUAGAAUAUGACCUUAGAAUUUGUAUUUUUCAUUUUGAUGCCAUAGUUAUUUUUAGGAAAAGUAACAAAUUAUAAUUUAUAGAUGUGUACUAUACAAUAAGCUCUGACAAACUAAAAAAGAAGAUGGAAAAGAACUCACAAUAAGUUGCAAUGAUAGUACAUGGAUUUAUUAGGUGCCCUUCACCAAGCUUCCUCUAAUGAUAAUAUGGGACAUAACAGUACUUUGUUAUCAAGUACAAGGAAUCAUUGGUACUCUACUAUGAAGUCAGAUACUUACUCAGAUUUCACCAGUUUUUAUAUGCAGUUUAUGUUUGUGUGUGUAGUUUUAUGAAAUUUUAUCACAUAUAUUUUAGUAAUCAAUAACAGUUUAUAAAAUCAGAAAGAAAUUUGGAAUCUGUGUUGUAUCAUUACAAAGGAAUCAGGAUUUCACUACAAGAGGUUCCUGUGCAUUAACAAUCAUACCCUUUCUGCAACCCUAAUCCUGGCAGCCCUUUGAAUAUGAAGCUUUUUAAAAGCAGAGGCAGAUUGAAUAAUUGGGCAACAGCAUUUAAUGCAUAUGUGAACUAUCCCUUUAGUUUACAGGACUAAUGUGUGUAUAAAUGGCAUGUUGCAUAAACUGGAUGUUUCAUAUGCAUAAUGGAACUUAAUACAAUUGUGAAUAGGAAAUGAUACUUCUAGUUUUGCUGUUGGUGUGUAGGGCCUGGAGCAACAGUUUUAAGUGAGGCCCACAAAGAUAAUAUCUAAUCACUUAAAACUUACAAAUCAGAAUAACAGAAUGUUAAUUAAAACAUAUUCCAUGCAUGGGGAUAUCCACACCCUAAACCCAUUGCCUCCUGUUUUUUACCCAUGCUUUAUUCCAAAACAUGAGGCGCUUUGAAUGUACUACUGUCAGUUGUCUAGCUUUCAGCCUAAAUUUUGUCCAAACCCUCUGUAAGCAAUUGCCCUCCAAGACAGGGUCCAGAAAAGAAGCCACAAACAGACUGGAUGACACCCAAGUCUGUAAAUUGGGGUCCAAGGUACCAAGAGGGAUCUUAGGCCCUUAGAGUCUUCUAGGUGAGAAGGAGGUUUGAGGCUGAAACAGGGCCAGAAGAGAGCUAGAGUGGGUUUUUUGUUGACAGUGUAAAUAAAGGUGUCGUAUUAAAUCACAUGAUCAGAUUACAUAAAUAAUAAGGUCAUACAGAUUAAUGAUCUUAAAUUAUACAAACUGAGUGCCCAUCUUAGGAAACUUAAAGCAAAUUAAAUUCAAGGUACCUAAAAAUUAAUAAUAAUAAUAAUAAUAAUAAUAAUAAUUAGCAUAGAUACCAGUGAAACUGAAAAUAAAACAAAAUAAAUAAAACCAAAAGCUGGGUCUUUGAAAAUGUCAAUGAAGUUGAUAAACCUGUAGCCAGGUUAACUAAGAAAAUGAGAACACAAAAUGCCAAUAUCAGAGAGAAAAGGGAGCCCAAACUACUGAUCCCAUGGACAUCAAAAGGGUUAUAAAGGAAUAUUAUGGACAGCUCUGUGCCAUAGAUUUCAUAAUCAAGAUGAAAUGGACCAAUUCCUUGAAAUAUACAAUCUGCUAAAACUCUCAAGGAGAAAUAUGAAUAGGCAUAUAUCUAUUAAGGAAAUUGAAUCAAUAGUCUUCCAAAUCAGAAAGUGUCAGGGAGAGAUGUGUUCACUGGUGAAUUCUACAAAACAUUUAGGGAAGAAAUUAUACUGAUUGUCUACAGUUUUUUCCAAGAAAUAAAAGCAAAUGAAAUUCUUUUUAACUCAUUCCAGGAAACCAACAUUAUCAUAGUAGCAAAACCAGGCAAAGACAUUAGAAGAAAGGAACACUACAGAUAUCUCUCAUGAACAUAGAUGUAGAAAACCUGAACAAAAUAGCAAACUGAAUCCAACAGUGUAUAAAGAGAAUCAUAUGUGAUGAGCUAAUGGAGUUUAUUACAGGUUUACAGUGCUGGUUCAAUUUUUGAUAAUCAGCUCAUGUAACCCAUCACAUUAACAAGCUAAGGAAGAAAUAUCAUAUGGUCAUAUCCAUAGAUGGAGUAGAGCAUUUGACAAAAUCUUAACACCCAUUCAUGAUAAAGUCUCAGAAAACUAGGAAUACAGGGUAACUUCCUUAACUUGGUAAAAAACAUCUAUAAAAACCCUAUGGCUAAUAUCAGACUUAAUGGCUUUCUCAUUAAGAUCAGGAACAAGGCAAGUAAGUCCUCUUUCACCACUCCUUUGCCGUAUCCUUCUGGAAGUCCUAGCUAACACAGUAAGACAAGUAAAAGAAAUAAAAGGCACAUAAAUUUUGGAUGAAGAGAUAGAAUAACUAUGUUCACAGAUAACAUGAUUGUUUAUGUAGAAAACUCCACAAAGAAUCAGCAAUGAAAAAUGCUCCCAACACUAGUUAGCAAUUAUAGUUAGGUUACAGGGCAUUAUGCCUGGGUGGGUGCCAAGAAGAAAUGAGCUAUCAAAGAUUUGGAGGAACCUUAGAUGCAUACUGCUAAAUGAAGGAAACCAUUUGAAAAGGCUUUAUACUCUGAUUCCAACUAUAAUAUGUUCUGAUAAAAGCAAAACUAUGGAGAUAGUAAAAAGAUCAGUGAUUGCUAGGGGUUCAGGGUGAGUUAGGGAAAGAAAAUAAGUUAUAGAGGAUUUAUCAGGGCAGUGAACCUACUCUGUAGGACACUAAUGAUAGAUACAGGUAAUUCAUUUGUCAAAACCCUUAAAAUGUAAAGCACAAAGAGUAAACCCCAAUGUAAACUAUGGACUUGAGUUCAUAGUAAUGAAUCAGUAUUGGCUCAUCAAUUGUAACAAACAUACCAUACUAAGGCAUGAUAAUAAUAGGGGAAACUAGAAGGGGAUAGAGGUGAAGGGGUAUAUAGGAACUCUGUACUUUUUGCUCAAUUUUUCUAUAACCCUAAAACUACUCUAAAAACUAAAGUAUAUUAAAUAAAUGAUCAUGUCAGCAUACAGCAAUAUAGGUGAAUCUGUGAGGACCCUCUUAUGUAUUUAUAAGAUACCCUUUUUAUUAUGUAUUUACUAAAUUAAAAGCUCACAUCAUUCAGUACCAGUUUUUCCAUGGUGGGGGAGGAAAUGCAUUCUCAGAAUUCAUACAAAGACACUACUGAAGUGCUAGCUUUCUGCUUUCGUAAGUGUUAUUAUCUUUUUUUUGGAAUUUUAAGUUUCUAGCUCUUUUGGUAAUAUCUUGUUUCUGUACUAAAGUUUUUAUGUCUCUGCACUGCAGAUAUAAUCAUCAAUGAUAAACAUUUGAGUGUUUUUAUAGUCUUUGAAAUGUUUUAAAUUAGAGUUAACUGUGAUCUAGAACUAAUGCCCGGUAUAAUAGGAUCUCUUGACAUUGAAAGGGCCUCUAAUUGCCUAACUGUAAGCUUUCCUCUCCUUUCUUCUCCUUAUAGGUAAGGUCCUGUAGUCAGAUGAUCCUCUUGCCUUAUCAAGGGGACCAGGUGUAGGUGUAGUUCUUUCUUAUCCCUGGUUAGCAAAUUGUAUUUCCCUGGCAGCCUGCAGAAUUUUCCAAACAAGCCAUUCACAUUUUCUCUGAGGACCCAGGUCUCACAGCAUCCUCCUGAUACUACAGAGCCACUUUCCCAAACCUCUAGUUGGUCCCUCUGUUUGCAUGUGUAACAACCUGUGUGGCCCUGCCUGGCAUGUGGUGUCCUCCCCUGGUCUGUUGAGUGUGUGUGACUAAUAAACUUAUGUAGAACUCG